AAGAAUAUUGGGGAAAAUGGAUAGGAAAGGACAUGCGUGAAGUGCAUCUCACUUCUCAGAUAAAAACACUUUGUUUCAUUACUGCAUUCGUCUCUCUUCUUCAUCUUCUUCUUCACUCUCACUGGCUGCGAGAGAGAGAGAGAGAGAGAGAGACAGAGAGAAAAAAAAAAGUAUGCAGAAUAAGUGAUGAAAAUGGCUCUUCACACUCUCUAUUUCCUUCUACAAUGAAGAAAACUCUCUUCAUCAUCUUCUCUCAAGAAGAAGAUGUCUCCCACAACUCCCUCCCUUCUCGACACCCUCCUCUGCCAAGAAGAACACGACGACACCUUUGACGACACCCGAAACGACGCGUCGUUCCACCUCAACGACAACCACCACGACGAAUCACCGUCGUUUUGCCCCGCAAAGCUCCAAUCUUUUCCUCAUCCCGUUCUGCAUGACAACGACCUGUUCUGGGAACACGACGAGCUCGCCUCCUUAAUCUCCAAAGAGGGAGAGACCCACGCCGCCGCUGGUAACGACGACGACCACCGUGAUGGACUUCUAGAUGGGCUUCGAGUUGGGCCCGUUGGCUGGAUCACUAACGUGUGUGCGCACUAUGGGUUUUCAGCUUUGACCACCGUUCUCGCCGUUAACUACUUCGACAGGUUCGUCACGAGCCUCACGUUUCAAAGGGAUAAGCCAUGGAUGACUCAGUUAACGGCGGUUGCGUGCUUGUCAAUUGCUGCAAAGAUGGAAGAGACACAUGUGCCCCUCCUCUUAGACCUCCAAGUGGAAGAAUCGAGGUUUCUGUUUGAAGCAAAGACAAUACAAAGAAUGGAGCUUCUUGUGUUGUCUACUCUCAAAUGGAAGAUGCAUCCGGUGACCCCAAUUUCUUUCUUUGAACACAUUGUUAGAAGGCUUGGCCUCAAGAGUCGCUUGCAUUGGGAAUUUCUAUGGCGGUGCCAGCGGGUUCUUCUUGGCGUCAUUGCCGAUUCAAGGGUUAUGAGUUAUCUUCCAUCUACAUUGGCUGCUGCUACGAUGAUCCAUGUUAUUAAAGAGAUUGAGCCAUUUAAUGCAACUAAGUACAUUAGUGAACUUCUGGGACUACUCAAGAUUAGUGAGGAACAAGGGAACCAGUGCUACAAACUCUUGCUGAAAUCAUUAGUUUGCGAAGAAGGUAUUACUGACUGUCUUCACCAGAUGCACAAGCGCAAGCGCAACCGCGAAUCUGCCCCGAGUAGCCCGGGAGGUGUCAUUGAUGCUUCUUUCAGUUGUGAAAGCUCAAACGAUUUGUGGGCCGUUGCGGCAUCGUCGGUUUCACAUUCGAUGGAGCCGCUGUUUAAGAGGAGCAGAGCUAAGGACCAGCAGAUGAGACUGCCUUCUGUUAGUCGCGUGUCUAUCGAUGUUCUUAAUAGCCCUCAUUAAUAAGGAGCUUAGUAGUUUUGCUUCAAACAUGGUAGCUUUCUGUUGCAUUUAUUUGGUAGUUAUUUUAUUGAAAAUGCAACUAUUUUAUGUUCUUAAUAUAUAUACAUUUCUUGCAAACUACUUGAAAAGUCUAUUGAGGCAGAGACUAAGUUCCCUUCUGUCUACUUUGUUGAUUAAUGUGGAAUAGGGAUCUGAUAUUGAGUGGAAAAACGAGUUGUAAACUUGUAAUUCUAUCUGAGUUAAUCUCUCGAAUGCAAAUUCUAUCUUGUUUAUACAAGAUAUUUGUCAUUAAGAAUCAAGAGACAAGAUUCUAGAUC